AUGGAGUCUCUGGAGAAUCUCACCUGCCCCGCCAACGCCACCCCCACUCCGGUGGAGACCAACCUCAGCCAGGGCGCAGAAGACCCGCGCCCCAGCCAGCCCCUCCACUCGGUCUGGGGCGUGCUGGUCCUCACCUUCCUGGGCUGCCUGGUGGCGGCGACGUUCGCCUGGAACCUGCUGGUGCUGGCGACCAUCGCCCGUGUGCGCACCUUCCAUCGCGUGCCGCACAACCUGGUGGCGUCCCUGGCCGUCUCUGACGUGCUGGUUGCCGCACUGGUCAUGCCGCUGAGCCUGGUGCACGAGCUGUCCGGCCGGCGCUGGCACCUGGGUCAGCGCCUGUGCCAGCUCUGGGUGGCGUGUGACGUGCUCUGCUGCACCGCCAGCAUCUGGAACGUCACGGCCAUUGCGCUGGACCGCUAUUGGUCCAUCACACGCCACCUGGACUACACGCUGCGCGUGCGCAGGCGCGUCUGCAACGUCCUGAUCGCGGUGACGUGGGCGCUCUCCGCCGUCAUCGCGCUUGCGCCGCUGCUCUUCGGCUGGGGGGAGACCUACUCGGAGAGCGAGCAGCUGUGCCAGGUGAGCCGGGCGCCCUCCUACACGGUGUUCUCCACCGUGAGCGCCUUCUACCUGCCGCUGUUCGUGGUGCUCUUCGUCUACUGCCGCAUCUACCGGGCCGCCAAGUGCCGCGCCGGCUUCCGCAAGAACAACUGCGUGCGCCCCACCGCCGACGCCGGCAAGGAAGAGAAGAAGGAAGACAAGAAGGAAAAGAAACGUGGCUGCGAGAAAGAGGCAUCGACUGGCUGCCUCCCAUUCGUGCCCCGACUGAGGGUCGAGCCGGAGACUGAGAAUGAGCCCAAGAUGGUGUUCUCCGUCCGCCAAGGCACGGUCACCUUCCACUCGGAAGGGGACUCGUGGCGGGAGCAUCGGGAGCAGAAGGCCGCCAUGAUGGUGGGCAUCCUGAUCGGGGUGUUUGCGCUCUGCUGGAUCCCCUUCUUCACCACAGAGCUCAUCAGCCCCCUGUGCGCCUGCGACCUGCCCACCGUCUGGAAGAGCAUCUUCCUCUGGCUGGGCUACUCCAACUCUCUCUUCAACCCCCUGAUCUACACGGCCUUCAACAAGACCUACAACAGCGCCUUCAGGAGCCUGUUCUGCAGGCACUCCUAAGCCGCCGCCCUGGGGCGCGAAAGAGCUACUCCCGCCACCCAGUGAAAUCUCGUUGUCGACUGUGCGCCCCGUCCGUACCCCUCCCCCGCCCUCCCUCCACCCUGCCCAGUUUAAGGCUCCCGUCCUUCAAGUCCCCUAGUGCUGUCUUUAGAGCCUUCCCCCUCCCCCUGCCAGCUGCGAGGAAGGCAGGCCUCCUCGGGGCAGGUCGGGGGAGACCCCCCCCUUAACCAGUCUCUCUGCUGCUUCUCACUCUGUGCCCAUCAGCCACUGACUCCCAGGGCGCCUUCUCCUCUCCCCAGCCCUGCAUGGUUCCCCUCCUCCUCCCCACAGAAUCCCCCAGGGCCAACGGGAGGGAGGGCGGAAAGCAAGCCGGCCGGCGCAGGGGGACGGGACCCCCGGGGGCAGGGACCCGGCAUGGCAUGCCGAGUGUUGCGGAGCGGCCCCCCUCCCUUCCCACGGCCCCGGUUAGUGCGCCCUGGUAUGUACUGUGUGUGUCCCAGUAUUUGACCACAAAGUGUUUUGUCUGUGAACACGCUGACGUCCACAGCUGCACCCGUACGACCAGUGACCACUGACUCCACGGUUGUGUGCGUGGCGCGCGCAUGGCGUCUGCGCGGCACACGCCCCCGCGCAACCAUGCGCGCGGCAGAAGCGCUCGUUGGUGAGUUUGUCCUAAAAGGCAACCCGCCGUCCCGGAACAGGAGCUCACGGUCAAGUCAGACACCUCCUUCCAUUUUGAAACAACCGUUCCCAACCCACCGAGACGUCCGCCGCUUAGGGGGACCCCGCCGCGCUUGCUGAUUUGCUCUCUCUCAUUUGUACAAAACCUAUUCAGAUGUUGCUGGACCCAGAUUUCACCCUGGAAUCCUGAGUUCAGAGGAAAACAGCUGUUGCGCAGUUGUUGACUCCUUAACCAAGGGCUACGAUGGCAUAUUCACCGAACACGUGCACUUUAAGGGGAUAGCAGAAUCAUUUGAUAAGUGCUAUUUUUUUAUUGAUGAGUGCCUGCUUGAGGUCCGCGCUGGUCACUGAGGUGAAAGGGCAGCAACGAGGCCCGAGGGGGCCCCGGUCCUGCACAAGCUGACACCUCGGUCCCCCGGUGAGGCAAGACCAUUUGGUGAGGAUGCUGUGUUUACAUGAUCACAUGAAACCCAGGUCAUUGUACAAAGCCUGACCAAAAACUGCCUCCGCUCUGCUAGGCCCCCGAUCUCUUGAAUGCAUGAAUUUAAAACUUAGAUAUUGUGAUACUCUUUGAGCGUGACGAUGCAUCUAAUGGCAAAUGUGUUCUUUUGUAUGUAAUAA